UCAAGUAUCGAGUAGUUCCAGUAUCAAUUAUAACUAUGGGUCGCGCUCCCCCCCCCUCCUUGGUGUGUUCGUUCUCACCUUUGGCCAAGGUUGGUUUAGCUCAUUGGCCAAAAAUUAUCCAUUGAUCUCCUGAUUUCCCGUUUGGCUGAGGCUUUGGAGCUCAAAUCCCCAAACGACACGAUAUUUGUUGUUUGACCCUCCAGUAGCCCAGUCACCCAGCUCCGGCGAAUGCCUGCGCAAUCACCAUUCUGAUCCAACGUCCACCUCCACUCCGACUCUGGCUGUGACUCUGGACCGUCCCAAUGGCCGCAGACAGUAGCCCUCGCAGCGUCGCCGACGCCACGCGCUUCACCUCCAACACACCACAUGCCAAUUCAAAGGCCCGGAAAGUUGUCGGCGGCACACAGUCUACAGCAACCACAACAACAUCUACUACUACCGCCCCGUCUUCCUCAUCGCUGCCGAAAGCACAACCGAGGACAGCCUCCGCCUCCGCCUCUGCUCCGCAGCCGCCGAGGAGGCCCGCCCCUGCCUCAGCUUCGGCUUCAGCCUCUGCAGCUGCGCUCGCCGGAGCUCAUGGACAAGGACAUGGCCACAAGCCCGAGUCGCUGGACGAGAGAGUACGGAGAUUAAGGGCUGCGCAUCUGGCAGCACGGAACCAUGAGGUCUCGCGGAUGGACAAGGUCAUCAGCAACUCCAGGAGGUACAUGGACGCAGCGCAUAGAUAUACCGUCAUGGGAUUAAUAGGCUUCAGUGGUAUGUCGCCUCACCCCCCCGGCCGUCGCUGCACUCUAACCCCCCCAUCCUCCUUCCAGGGCUCGCUCUCCUCGUCACAGUAUAUGCUACCGUAGACAUGAUGGUCUAUAACCGAAACCGCCGCAACGAGUUCUUCGCCCUGCAGCAGCAAUUGCAGACGGGCAGUCUCGAAGCCGCCCGUCUAGCUUACAUGACUGGUUCCGCUACCGAGGAACAGAUUGCCCUCGUAGAAGAUGCUACCGACAAGGCAAAGAAGGCCGGCCUUGAGCUGCCAAACUUACUGCACGCUCCCAAGACCCUGUCAUCCAUGGCCGC